AUGGCGGCGAGUGCCUCGUGGCAGCCAAAGGAAGAAGGGUUCGCGGAGAUCUGCGGGUUGCUGGAGCAGCAGAUUUCCCAUUCGUCUUCUUCCGCUGACAAGUCUCAGAUUUGGCAGCAACUUCAACACUACUCUCAGUUCCCUGAUUUCAAUAACUACCUCGCUUUCAUUCUCGCACGUGCCGAGGGUAAAUCAGUGGAGAUACGACAAGCUGCGGGAUUGCUUUUGAAGAAUAACCUUAGAAAUGUAUAUAAGCCCAUGGCUCCAGCAUACCAGCAAUAUAUAAAAUCCGAAUUGUUGCCUUGCUUAGGAGCAGCAGACAGACACAUCAGGUCUACAGUUGGCACCAUUAUAAGUGUUGUUGUUCAACUAGGGGGAAUUUUGGGGUGGCCUGAACUAUUGCAAGCUCUUGUAAAUUGUUUAGACAGUAAUGACCUAAAUCACAUGGAAGGUGCUAUGGACGCAUUAUCCAAGAUUUGUGAGGAUAUACCUCAACUGCUUGAUUCAGAUGUACCCGGUUUGCCUGAACGUCCCAUCAACAUAUUCCUUCCAAGGUUACUGAAGUUUUUCGAGUCACCACAUUCAUCGCUAAGAAAGCUUUCCCUGGGUUCUGUAAAUCAAUACAUUAUGUUGAUGCCAGGUGCUCUAUAUGCAUCCAUGGAUCAAUAUCUUCAAGGUUUAUUUGUCCUUGCUAAUGACCCUUCUUCUGAAGUGAGGAAAUUAGUUAGUGCAGCAUUUGUUCAGCUAAUUGAAGUCCGUCCAUCAUUCUUGGAGCCACAUUUGAGGAAUGUGAUUGAAUACAUGUUGCGAGUCAACAAGGACACCGAUGAAGAAGUGGCUCUUGAAGCCUGCGAAUUCUGGUCUGCAUAUUGUGAUGCUCAGUUACCGCCUGAGAAUUUAAGAGAAUUUUUGCCACGUCUAAUUCCGGUUUUGUUGUCAAACAUGGUUUAUGCUGAUGAUGAUGAGUCCCUCAUUGAUGCUGAGGAGGAUGGGUCGGUUCCAGACCGUGAUCAGGAUAUCAAACCUCGGUUUCAUUCAUCACGAGCUCAUGGAUCUGAGAGUGUGGAAGAUGAUGAUGAUGAUAUUGUCAAUGUAUGGAAUUUACGCAAAUGCAGUGCAGCAGCUCUCGAUAUCCUGUCAAAUGUGUUUGGGGAUGAGAUUCUCCCAACGCUGAUGCUCUUUGUUCAGACCAAGUUGGCCACCAGUGAGGAUGAAACCUGGAAAGAAAGGGAAGCUGCUGUUUUGGCACUUGGUGCCAUAGCUGAAGGUUGCAUUACUGGUCUUUAUCCUCAUUUGACUGAGAUUGUUGCAUUUCUAAUCCCUCUUUUAGACGAUAAGUUUCCACUUAUACGGAGUAUUUCUUGUUGGACUCUCUCUCGUUUCAGCAAGUUCAUUGUUCAGGGUGUCGAACAUCAAGUAGGUUAUGAGCAAUUUGACAAGGUUCUUGUGGGUCUAUUAAGAAGAAUAUUAGAUAAUAACAAGCGGGUACAAGAGGCUGCUUGCUCUGCUUUUGCGACACUUGAAGAGGAGGCAGCAGAAGAGUUGGCACCACGCUUGGAAAUGAUUUUACAACACCUUAUGUGUGCUUUUGGGAAAUAUCAGAGGCGGAAUCUCAGGAUUGUAUAUGAUGCUAUAGGAACUCUAGCAGAUGCUGUUGGUGGGGAGUUGAAUAAGCCUGCAUAUCUUGAAAUUCUGAUGCCACCAUUAAUUGCAAAGUGGCAACAACUUUCGAAUUCAGAUAAAGAUCUCUUUCCAUUGCUAGAGUGCUUUACUUCUAUAUCACAGGCUUUGGGUGCCGGAUUCUCUCAAUUUGCUGAGCCUGUAUUUCAGAGGUGCAUAAGCAUCAUCCAGUCCCAACUACUCGCGAAGGCUGAUCCUGUUUCUUCCGGGGUGCCAUAUGAUAAAGAAUUUAUCGUAUGCUCUCUUGAUCUGCUCUCUGGACUUGCUGAAGGUCUUGGCAGCGGGAUAGAGAGCUUGGUUUCACAGAGCAAUUUGAGGGACCUGCUUUUGCAAUGUUGCACAGAUGAUGCUCCGGAUGUCCGACAGAGUGGCUUUGCAUUACUUGGGGAUCUUGCAAGAGUAUGCGCAGUUCAUUUGCGACCUCGUUUGCCAGAAUUUAUUGAUGUGGCAGCCAAGCAACUGAAUACUCCUAAGCUGAAGGAAACUGUUUCAGUUGCAAAUAAUGCAUGUUGGGCCAUUGGAGAGUUAGCAGUGAAGGAGCUCAACAACAAGUCACUAAUUGAAAACAGUGCUAUCACACUUGGGAGGCUUGCGUGGGUCUGUCCAGAGCUUGUGGCUCCGCAUAUGGAGCAUUUUAUGCAAUCUUGGUGCAUUGCUUUGUCAAUGAUACGUGAUGAUUUUGAAAAGGAGGAUGCCUUCCGAGGUCUCUGUGCUUUGGUUAGAGCCAAUCCAUCUGGAGCAUUGAGUUCGCUCAUUUUUCUGUGCAACGCUAUUGCAAGUUGGCAUGAAAUAAGGAGUGAAGAGCUUCAUAAUGAAGUUUGCCAGGUGUUGCAUGGUUAUAAGCAGAUGCUUGUGAAUGGAGCAUGGGACCAGUGUAUGUCUGCUUUGGAGCCACCAGUGAAGGACAAGCUGUCAAAAUACAGAGUGUAA